GAGGGAGCGAGAGAACUCCUGAGCAGGUGCAGAGUCUUGUUCCUCUGGGAGGGCGGUGACCAGACCGCCAAGCCACUCGGGCUACGGUCUCCGGCCCCGCUCGCCCGCCCGCCGGCAGGGCUUCCCCGGGGUGGGCGGAGGCCGCUUUGGGAGAAGCAGCUGCGCCGCCGCUGCUCUGCCUUCCAUUGGAUUAAAAAUAGCUUCUCUCCGCCCCUCCGGACGAGCGGACGGGAGGGUGGGCCGGCCUCGGCUGCGCGCUUCUUCCCCUGGCCGCUCUGCUCUCUCUGCCCGGGCUCGGCCGACCGUCCCUUCGCGCCCCUGGCCAGCCAGCCCUCCAACCAACUAACCAGCCCAGCCCAGCCCAGCCAGCCAGCCAGCGCAGCUCUCGGGGUCCGGCCGGCGUCGGGGAAGAUGGAGCGGGCCGCCUUGUUCGCGCAGGGGCGGGAGGCGCAGCCGAUGGCUGCCGGGGACGUGGGUGAGCUCUUGGUCCCCUACAUGCCCACCAUCCGGGUGCCCAAGACCGGCGAUCGCGUCUACAAGACCGAGUGUGCCUUCUCCUACGACUCGCCCGAUUCCGAAGGAGGCCUUUAUGUUUGCAUGAAUACUUUCCUGGGAUUUGGAAGGGAACAUGUAGAAAGGCAUUAUCGCAAGACAGGACAAUGUGUAUAUUUGCAUAUCAAGCGGCAUAUGAGAGAGAAGGUAACAGGGGCAUCUGGUGGAGCUUUACCAAAAAGGAGAAACACCAAGCUAUUUUUAGAUCUUGAAUCUAACAGCGAUUUAAAUAAUGAUGAUUAUGAAUAUGAGGAUGAAGCUAAACUUGUCAUAUUUCCAGACCACUACGAAAUUCCUUUACCCAAUAUAGAAGAACUGCCAGCACUGGUAACAAUAGCUUGCGAUGCAGUCCUGAGUUCGAAAUCUCCCUACCGAAAGCAAGACCCAGACUCGUGGGAAGAAGAGCUGCAAAUCUCCAAACAUGCCAACACGCUGGUGCAAAUGGACAAUGGGGUCAGGAUUCCACCAAGUGGCUGGAAGUGCUCCAAGUGUGACUUACGGGAGAAUCUUUGGCUAAACCUCACUGAUGGAUCGGUACUUUGCGGCAAAUGGUUCUUUGACGGCAGUGGAGGAAACGGACAUGCGCUCGAACAUUACAAGGAGAUGGGUUAUCCGUUAGCAGUGAAGCUUGGAACGAUUACUCCUGAUGGUGCAGAUGUUUAUUCCUUUGAGGAAGAGGAGGCUGUUUUGGAUCCUCAUAUCGCCAAACACUUAGCUCAUUUUGGAAUUGACAUGCUCCAAAUGCAUGUGACCGAGAAUGGCCUGAGAGAUAAUGACAUAAAACCCCGAGUGUCUGAAUGGGAAGUCAUCCAAGAAUCGGGCAUGAAGCUGAAACCAAUGUAUGGACCUGGAUAUACCGGCAUGAAAAACAUGGGGAACAGCUGCUACAUCAACAGCGUAUUGCAAGCCAUUUUCAGUAUUCCCGAAUUUCAGAGGGCGUACGUGGGAAACCUUCCAAGGAUAUUUGACUACUCUUCUUUGGACCCAACACAAGAUUUCAAUACUCAAAUGGCUAAAUUGGGACAUGGGCUUCUUUCAGGCCAAUAUUCAAAACCUCCAGUGAAAUCUGAGCUCAUUGAACAGGUGAUGAAGGAACAACACAAGCCUCAGCGCAAUGGUAUUUCUCCACGCAUGUUCAAAGCUUUUGUAAGCAAAGGGCACCCUGAAUUUUCCUCCAGCCGGCAACAAGAUGCACUAGAAUUUUUCCUGCACCUUAUCAACCUGAUAGAGAGAAACCGAAUUGGCUCGGAAAACCCCAGCGACGUCUUCCGGUUCUUGGUUGAAGAACGGACCCAGUGCUGCCAAACCAGAAAAGUACGGUACACAGAGCGGGUGGAAUAUCUCAUGCAAUUGCCUGUAGCAAUGGAAGCUGCAAUAAACAAAGAUGAAUUGAUUGCUUAUGAACUGAAGAGGCGAGAAGCAGAAACAGCGAGGAGGCCCCCACCAGAGGUGGUCCGGGCAAGGAUCCCUUUCAGUGCUUGUCUCCAGGCCUUUACGGAACCAGAAAAUGUAGAAGACUUCUGGAGCAGUGCCCUUCAAGCCAAGUCUGCUGGUGUCAAAACAUCUCGCUUUGCUUCCUUCCCUGAAUACCUGGUGGUUCAGAUAAAGAAGUUUACUUUUGGCCUUGACUGGAUCCCUAAGAAGCUUGAUGUUUCUAUAGACAUGCCAAAUCUUCUAGACAUCACUCACCUGCGAGCAACGGGCUUUCAGCCAGGCGAGGAGGAACUUCCAGACAUCUCUCCGCCUGUGAUCAUUCCUGAUGACCCCAAAGGUACUGCCUACUACCAUGAGGAUUCCUACCUCCACACCAUUCUCCACCACAACUAUAUCAUGAUGAACCAUUUCAUGGAGCCCCCAGAUUUUGAUGAAUCCUCCGUGAUGCAGCUGGCAGAGAUGGGGUUUCCAUUGGAAGCAUGCCGGAAAGCUGUGUACUACACUGGCAACUUGGGUGCUGAGGUGGCUUUCAACUGGAUCAUUGCGCACAUGGAAGAACCAGAUUUUGCAGAGCCUUUAUCCAUCCCUGGUUAUGGGGGAACAGCUUUUCCCCAAACAGGAGGAUCAGGAGUUCCUGGGUUGGAUAAUCAGCCUCCAGAAGAGAUGGUAGCCAUAAUUUCCUCUAUGGGAUUUCAGCGGAAUGUAGCUCUUCAGGCACUACGGGCAACAAAUAACAACUUGGAGCACGCAUUGGACUGGAUCUUUAGUCACCCUGAACCAGAGGAGGAGACUGAAGUAGCUUCUGAGGUCAUGAAUAUAGAAAACCAUGUGAAUGCUAACAUCCUUGCAGAAUCGGAUCCCGAAGGGCCCCGGAUCAAAGAUGGGCCAGGAAGAUAUGAACUCUUUGGCUUCAUCAGUCACAUGGGAACAUCUACCAUGAGCGGCCAUUAUGUUUGUCAUCUUAAAAAGGAAGGAAGAUGGGUUAUCUACAACGACCAUAAAGUUUGUGCCUCCGAGCAGCCGCCUGUAGAGCUAGGCUAUAUUUACUUCUAUCACAGGAUACCAAGUUAGACUUCACUAUGUUCUCUGGCCUUAAGAAGCCAUAAGCCUUUUUCUUCUGCCAAAAAUGUGUUUCAAGUAAGCAAAGCCUUUGGACUGCCAAAAAAGCAAAAGAAAAAGCAAAGCAAAGCAAGAAGGAAAAUAUUUGGUCCUAUUUAUAGCUUAAAUCAGGAUAAUUCAAUUGAUGCCUUCUUAAACUUUUAGAGGAGAGUUUUCUGUUAAAUGAUGGUGCAUUGUAGGAUUCUAAAGUUUGUCUACAUUUUGUGGAGA